AUGACAGAUGCCAUGGAGAAACUUAAAAGCAGAGCUGCAGGAUGGAUGGUGAUACUGACGUCAUUCUUAUUCAUCUUGGUAGUGCAAGUCUACACAGCCAGUUUAACUUCAAUGUUAACACAGGAAAAGAUGAAAGUGCCUUCAUUUGAGAACGAAAAAGAGCUUAUUAAGAAUAGCAAUCUGCAUGUGGGAUAUCAAGAUGGGUCGUGGGUGAGAGGGCUUUUGAUUGAACAAAUAGGAUUCAAGCCUGAGCAGUUAAGGCCCUUAGGACAUCGUGAAGAGUACAAUAAAGCAUUGUCAAGUGGAACUAUAGCUGCUAUCUUUGAUGAAACUCCUUAUCUCACGAUCUUUCUCUCCAAAUACAAGUCUCAGUUCAUGAUGACAGGACCACUCUACAAAAUCGGUGGAUUUGCCUUUGCAUUCCCAAAGAAAUCUAGCCUGGUCUCGUAUUUUUCGGAUGCAAUCUUAAAAGUGAUUCAAGAUGUGGAGUCAUAUCGGGUUCUAAUGGCUAAGAGCUCUUUACCCACCUCCAUUGAAGAUUUGGAAUUUGACGACCAAAGUGAUAUAGAGACGUCAGUGAUUAAACGGUAUCUGAAUCCAUCGUCCAUGAUUAGAUGGUUGCGUAAUAAGAAGCAGCAUUUCAAGUUAGCUAAAGCUUGA